ACGGAUGAAACCUUUUUUACUUCACUCUCUUGUUUAGUGGAUUUUUUGACGUUUCCGAUACCAAAGAAAAGAAGAAUGGAUUCGUCGUCUUUGCCUCCGGCGAUGGAGGUCGGAGAAUAUAGAAACUGGGCAGAGCUUCCGCCGGAACUGACGUCAUCGAUCCUGCACCGUCUAGGCGCGAUUGAGAUACUGGAGAACGCCCAGAAAGUUUGCAGAUCGUGGCGUCGCGUUUGUAAAGACCCUUCGAUGUGGCGUAAAAUUGACAUGCAUAACUCGGACGACAUGGAAUGCGAUCUCGAGAUCAUGUGCCGUCAUGCAGUUGAUCGUAGCCAAGGAGGCUUGGUUGAGAUUGAUCUUUGGUAUUUCGGUACUGAUGAUCUCCUCAAUUACAUCGCCGAUAGGUCGAGUAAUCUGAGAAGCUUGAGACUUAAAAGGUGCUCUUAUAUAACAGACGAUGGAUUUGUCGAAGCAGUUGUGAAACUUCCACUGCUUGAAGAACUCGAGGUGUCAUACGGCUCAUUGUCAGGAGAGUCUUUGAAAGUUAUAGGCCAGUCUUGCCUGAAGAUGACGACAUUGAAGCUAAAUAGGCAUCCUCAAAAAGAGAAUGACGAUGAUGCUCUAGCGAUCGCUGAAACAAUGCUUGGACUUCGCCAUCUCCAGAUGUUUGGGAACGGGUUAUCAGACACUGGCUUAAACGCCGUUCUUGACAGUUGUCCAAAGUUGGAGCAUCUUGAUUUACGCAGGUGUCUCAACGUUAACCUUGUUGGUGAUCUGCAGAAACGGUGUUCUGAGAGGGUCAAAGUUGUGAGACACCCUAAUGACUCGACUCAUGAUUACCCAUUUGAUGCUUCGUUUAUCGACAUGGGUUCAUCGGAUGAUGAAUAUCCUUAUGGCUUCUCUGAUAUUGAUCUGAUGUCGGAUGAUGAGUAUGAUGAUUUCUAUGGCUUCUCAGGUGCUAGUGACCAUUCUGACGAUGACCCGUUUGAUUAUUACGAUGACAUGCUUUUCUAGAUGCCACCAGAUUCACGCAGGGUGAUAUCUUUUCAAACUUGUUUAUGACUUCUUUUUAAGUAUGCUCAUUAGAUUCAAUGGACUUUAUUUGUCCUUGUGGUAUGUAACCUUUAGUAGUGAUGUCUUUUUCUGUUUGUCUUUGUAAGACUUCUAAACUCGAGAAAAGUUUCAAAAAUGGUGAUUUGAUCA